AUGCAAGAACAAGGUUACAAUUUGCGAAGUGGACAGUUGCGGAAGCGAGAUAAUUCGACGUGUUUCAGUGAUGAUUGGGUGUUUAGCAAAAUGAAGAAAUUGAACGGUGGAUUCGUUGGAAAGGAGAGUGCAACGAAGAAAAAGAAAUAUGGAAGUGAACUAGUGAAGAAGGAGAAUAAUAAUCAUUGUCUUCAUAAGGAGGAGAAAGACGAUAAAGCGCUGUGUGUUUGUCGUCUUAUUGCAAUCGCAAAAGCGAAAAAUAUAUGGAAGGAACGCGAAUACGUUCGGAAGGCGAUAGCUGAGUUAAUGGAUAGAUUGAAUUUGAAAGCCACUUAUUAUCCAAGUCGAAACAAGACCAAAAGAAAAUCCUGA